UCGUUUGUAUAUAUCGAUACAACUUGCAAUAUCAAUCUCAUUUGGGAAGAACUGUGACUUUUGCGUGAAAUGAAAAUUAAGAAUAUAAAUUCUUCUUAUUUAUUAAAAAACUAAAAUGGUUUCUAUGCAAUUUGUGUUGCAACCUCUUCCUGGCAAUGAUGAUCAAUUUAUUGAAAGAGUACGGGAAGUUUCGGAAAAAGUAAAUCGAUUUGGGUAUGGCACUCAUCGUAUAUUUGAGCAAUUGAAAAUUCCAGUAAGAGAAGUCGUUAUUGGGCCUACCCAUAUUGGUGUACUUCUUGAGGAUGGUAAAGCAUUUCGAGUAUCAUUUUCUAUCAACUCUGAAAAGCUUGAUUUGACUAAAUCUGAUACUAAAUGUUCCACAACUGGUGCCGGUGGAACAACCAAUGCUUCAAAGGCGCCUUCAUCAUCGCGUCCCAUGGCCCGUUCUAGGGCACGUCUUUUGCGUGCAACAGGCCGGUCAAGCUCAAGUGGUCAAGGAUCCGGAUCACGAAGUACCGGUGUAAUUAUAGGAGGCAGCACAUCUAAUCGUCCUUUGGUAACUGUACCAGCUACGUAUGUCCCAGAGGAACUUAUUUCACAAGCAGAAGUAGUUCUACAGGGCAAGAGCAGAAAUCUCAUAAUAAGAGAAUUGCAGCGCACCAAUUUAGAUGUAAAUUUAGCUGUAAACAAUUUGCUUUCGCGCGAUGAUGAAGAAGCUGAAGAUACGGAGGAAGGUGCAGACAAUUACGUGCCUGAAGACCUUAUAUCACUGUUGGACAAUGGGUUUAGUGCAGAUAAUAACAGCGUUAUCAUCGAUCCUUCAGAUGGACUAUUUUCAGAAGAAAUAUUCAGUAACUAUUCAAGCAUUCGCAAUUUACUGUUCGACCGUAUACGUAGUGAACGCAGCAAUUCCAACACAAACGCUGCAGAAAGUAAUCAAUCAAACCGUUCAACGACAUCAGGUGGUAUAUCUGGAAACAGUGGACUCUCAGCUCAAAUAUCUGUUAAUGCUGAUCGCGAAGCGUUCAGUCGUUGGCGGGAUCGUCAGUACUACGGGCCGCGCCGCUGGAUAAAUAAAGACGAUUAUACAUGGGAGAAGGAUGCAGAUUCCAAAAAAAAAGAACCUUCAUCAAUGUUGUCUCCAAUAUGGAUAUCGGAGGAACUACAACCAUGGCCUGAUAAAACUUCGGUCCGGUUUAAGACAAUCGGAGCUUUAUUUUCUGAAUUCAUUGCACUGUCUGAUAAUGGAGACUUAUACCAAUGGCGUUGGUCCGACUCAGAGCCUUAUAAGUCAGAUGUGGACAAUAUGUAUCAUCCAAAAACCUUGGCACUCAACAUUAACGAAAGGGUCGUGCAUAUUUCAGCUAAUUUUAUACGGUGUUCCGUGGUGACUGAGUCAAAUCGAGUUGCCACCUGGAUGGACGAACAACUGGGAUAUCUUGGAGCCAAGCUGGACCAUACUUGUUGUACUUUCAACGAAUUUAUUUCGGAUCCAAUAACAAACAUUUAUGUUUGUUCAUUGUAUACAGUGGUUAGAACGGACAGCAACAACAUUUAUUGGUGGGGCGUUCUUCCAUUUGAUCAGCGCCGAUAUCUGUGGGACAAAUUUCGAACAAAAACAAAGAAACCGUUUAAGGUUAUUGCAACGGAUAUUAAUGUAGGGGCGCAGGUUAUAAUGAAAAAAUGUCCUAUAUAUCAAUCUGGAUCAAUUGGUUUUACAUGUUCCAACGGUGUACCCAAAGUUGGGCAACUCUUAAACUCGGUUUGGAAUUUCACUGAUGUGUGUCGUAUGAAAAUUAUAAAUAUUAACACACAUUUGGGCCCAGAUAAAUCUCCAGCAACUGGGGUAAACCAAAAUAUCCAAGGAGCAUCUACAGAUAAGGACCUUUUGAAGGCAACAGUCAUGCAAAGCACAAGCAAUAGUAAAAAUGGACAAAUGAGUUCAUCGAGCAAGGAAUCAACCGAUAGGAUCGACAUGCCUCCACCACCAUCUCCGGCUUCUAGCACCUGCAGUGAUACUGGUAGUGUUACAUCACACAAACGCACUAAGAGAAUGACUGCAAAAGAGGACUCCCACACCAAUCAAGAGAGCAGAAAGGACGAAGAGCUAUGGCAGUUAAAAGACGUUGUUUUUGUUGAAGAUAAGGUCGGCCCGAUUGGAAAAGUGCUUAAAGUCGAUGGUGACUUUGUAGCCGUUCGGUUUCCAGCAUUGAACAACGCCUCUAAUGCAGCUUCAACAUCCAAAGACGAAUGUAAAGACGACGACUGGCAACAAUGCCGUCUGCUUCGGCGCGAAGAUGUACAAGUUUUUCGGACUGUAAUGUCAACGCGUGGUCCAGAUUGGUUGCAAAAGCAGCCAAAAAAAGUUAAUGUCGGUGCUGAUACAGCUGGCGUUCAGUUGCUCACAAUAGCCGUUGAUAUGCGAGGUAUUCACGUAAUCAAAAAGGUACUCGGUAAAAUACAUUACAGCUUGUACAACUUGUACAACAGUAAGCAGGAGCAAAACUGCCAAUUUCCUACAGACUGCGCUUCAUUUAUUGGCGUUUCUCCUACAAAUAUAUUAAUGGCUUGCAAUAAUGAUUGUAGUGGAAAUAACAGUACUAUUGUGCUCAGAGAUGGCAAUGGUGCCCUGUACCCAUUAGCGAAGGAUUGUCUUGGCUCAAUAAAGGAUCCCCAGUGGUUUGAUUUACCCCCAGUAAAAUCAAUUACCAUGGCAACGAUACCGCUACCGGCAAUGGUUUCUGGAUUAAACCUCAAAUCAAAGGUGUGCAUGACGGCUUUGCUUUUUGACACACAAAAACUCAUGCCGCAUAUACUACGUUGUGAUAUUAAGAAUAGCUUCGCUGCUAUAGCCCGGCUUGAAAAGGAAGAUCACACUGAUACUGCUUCAGUUGUCGAAGAGCGCUGCGAUGGGGCUCGUAACAUAUUCCAUGCAUGUGUUAUUAUGUGUGCCCCAACCUCUAACAAGGAUUCGCAUGCAGAUUCUCCUAGUAGUAGCUCUGAUAAAAAGACACUAUCGGCUGGGCUUUCGAUCACACGUUCUAUUCCAAACGCACCAGCAUAUGUUAGCGGUAACUCUUUUGGAGCGAAUGCGUCCACUACCAGUGACAGCGCUAGUUUCGCCACAAUGACGGCUGGAAUAAGCGCGUCUGGUGUAAGAGACAAUCGCAUUAAUUUGCGUGAUAUGAUGCAACGCCUUAUUAAUACUGAUCAACCUGAGCAAUCCGGUCAUCCAACGACGAGCGGAAACGAAGACCAUGCUUAUAUUCCAUGGCCAGCAGAGGCGUCUUCUGCUAACAAUCUAAGCGGGGUCUCAUCGCAAAACAUCGCAGAUGGUAUUGAAGAUAUUUCCAAAGUAAUUCCGUCCUCUACCCAGAGUUCCAUUUUAUCAAGCAUUAAAUUAGGAUCCCCAAACUACACAUUCGAUCUAUCACAGCGCCGUGAGCAUGCACUCUUGAUUCUGCAACAAAUGUGCGCCAGUCCUGCACUACGGCCUUACCUCUACCAGAUGCUAAGUACCAAAGAUGCGCAGGGUCAAACUGCUUUUAUGCUAUCCGUGACAUGUCGUGCCUAUGAAGCAGGGAUUAUAAUUUUGAACACUAUACUAAUGCUUGCUGAUCAAGAUUCUCAGGUUAAGGAAUCUAUGAUAUUUCCCAAUGGUUCUCCAGCGGAUCAAUCACCAUUACAUGUGAUAUGUUACAAUGAUACGUGCUCAUUUACUUGGACAGGGGCUGAUCAUAUAAACCAAAACAUUUUUGAAUGUAAAACAUGUGGUCUGACUGGAUCGUUAUGCUGCUGCACAGAGUGCGCUCGAGUAUGCCACAAAGGACAUGAUUGUAAAUUAAAGCGCACAGCACCGACAGCCUAUUGUGAUUGCUGGGAAAAAUGCAAGUGCAAAGCACUUAUCGCUGGCAAUCUCACAAAGAGAUUUGCUUUGCUCUGCAAACUAGUUUCUUGUACCGAUUUGGUCACGAAAUUCAACUCUAAAGGGGAAUCUAUACUACUAUUUCUGAUACAGACUGUGGGUAGACAAAUAGUGGAGCAAAGACAAUACCGUUUCAAUGUUAGGGUUCGUAAUGUCGGAAAUACUACGGGGAGCACGAAUGGGAACAACACAGCUAUAUCGAAUCGAAAGUCUUCCUCGCUGGACGUAGAAAGUGAAAUGCCAGACCAUGAUCUCGAACCACCGAAAUUCGCCAGAAAAGCACUUGAACGACUCCUAAUUGAUUGGAAUGCAGUACGCUGCAUGAUAAUGAGUGGAGCUGAAAGAAACGAUAUAAAUUAUCAUAUUCCUCCGAGCAACAUUGCAGAAAGCCCUAGUCCGGAUAGCUUCAACACGUUUAUACAGACCCAGCAAGGUUCUACACUUCUGGACAAGUUUACUCACAGCUUAAUUGUGAAAUGCACAGGCGACCAUCUUGACACUUUGCUGCUUACAUUAGUACGCGAGCUACAAAACGUUGGUAUUACUAAUAGAUGUAAGGAGGCCGAGGAAGUUGCAAGGCGCUUCGUUCGCUCCGUUGCUCGUGUUUUCGUUAUUUUUAAUUUAGAAAAACAACCAAAUCCAGAAAAAAGAAAACUACACACUGCAUGCAAUAAAUAUGUUCAAAGCUGUGUGAAAGUUUUUCAGACGUUACACCGAAUAUCUAUUGAAGAACUAUGUGAGGUUUCUGAAGCACUAAUUGCUCCAGUACGACUUGGUGUUGUGAGGCCUACCGCUCCUUUUACAAUGUCAUCAUCAAACCUAGAUAACUCGGAUGAUCUAUUUAGUGUAGACCCGUUAGCACCCUCGAAUGUAGAGCCACUUUCCGAGAACGUAUUGGGACACGAUGCUGCAAACGAACAAAGUACUAGCUUUAAUAUCCAGCAAAACUACGACGUUGUCGCAAUGGAAACGAUUCGCGAUGCUUCAGAAUCGGAAGAAGCUAUUAAUCGAGAAGCAAAUUCUCAUACUCAGGACGAUGAUUUGAUAGAAAAUCAACGAAAUGAGGAUGGUCUCCAGGAUGAUGAAAGUGAUAAUGAUUUUACUUUUAAUGAUGCUGAGACCGAAUCAGACUCUGAUGACAACCAGAGUAACCAGGAGGUGCAGAGAAACGUUCCAACCGGUGCAACCGCUGGAUCCGAAACAGAUAUUGGUGUUCUAUUUUUGGAGGACGAAUCGGGAGACUCAUCAGCACAAGAGGAAGAUGGUUCAGAAGAUGGUGAAUCUGAUGAUCAUUCCGAUGAAUUUAAUUUUAACGAUCAACAACUUGAACGUCGUAACACUAGUUCAAAUGCACGUAGUGAUCUAGCUCCCCAGACAAUGCAAUGGGCAAUCAGAAGCCGUGACACUGCUCGGUCAUCGCUACGCGUGCCAACCGGUUCCAAUUUAGUUUUCAUUGACCCGAUGGCUUUAAGACGCUCCACAGUACCAGCUACUACCGCGGUUACUACGCCAUCCGCAGAGUCUCAUACAAUGGCUACAACUGCUAGCAAUUUAGCACGGGCAUUUGGAAUUACAAUUAGACAGAUUUCUGAACUUAUAAGUAUUCUAUCUUACAAUAUAGUAAAUGAUAUAGAUACAUCAUUGAAAAUUCAAGGAGAGGAAGCAGUUGCUGUCCAGGCAUUUGUCGAAAAGCGAUUAAAGUCAACAUGGGACUGGAUGUUUACAGUGAUGGACGGAACGGAAGCACAGCUAAAGUUUGGUGCCUAUUUGACCAACUAUACUGACCCCAAUCAUCCUCUGCACCCCCUUAACCUUAGCGGACCAUCGACCAAUAAUCAAACACCUGCUCCUACCACUUCUACAUCCAUUGGUGUUAAUGUGCUGGGAUCUAACUCACGUCGAGACUUCUUUACAUACUGCCUGUCUCUGAUGCGUGCGCACACCUCUGAACAUAGAGAUGCCCUUCCAGUAUUGGAUAUAACUGCUCUUCGACAUAUUGCAUACGUGCUCGACGCGUUUAUUUACUAUAUGCGCAAUGAUACAGGAUUUUAUGAUAAGCAGGAAAAUAUCUCUGGACGUAUAAACAAUGUGUCACCAAUGCCUGAAAAUUAUGAUACGGACGAUGAAUCAACGAACAUAGAAGAUUUUAGUGACGUACAGCCGUCUACAAGUACCCUGUCUUCAAGCAAUGUCGGCACACGCAGACAUGCCUUUUUCACUAGAUCUGAGUCGACCCUCAGCUUAGGCUGCUCGGCGCCGGACGGCUUUGAAUUACCGCUUGAUAUGGCAAUGCCCCUUGCCGAUAAACCUCAUUUGCUGCAGCCUAAUUCCAAACGACAGGAGCUUUUUGCCAAUCUACCACUCCUUGUAGUUGCAAGUGCUAAUGCUAGUAUCGAUGACCCUCCUACAAGGCUCGGAUUUUCCAAUUCCUUAAAAACGGAUGGGCCUGUUUUUGAAACUGUCCCAUCCCAACAGCCUGUGGAAGUAAUACAAAAUCCGGUGAAUAGCAUCUUAGAUGAUGAUAAUAUCGCAUAUGAGGCUGAUGAGACUGCAGAAACCAAUAUUUACCUGCAAUUAAAGAAAAAACAGUGUUUCGAAGAUUUAAAAUCCCGUAAGGACGUUGAUGUAGGAAGUCAAAGCUGCCAAUUCGAUAGAGUGGUAUCAAUGGAAACAGAUGAGUUGGAAAAAUCAGGCAGUGGUACAAGUACAUCAAAAACGACGGAUGCGUUAAUGGCUACAAGACCGGAAGUUAUAAUUGCGCCAAACAAAGCAUCAUUAACAUCGUCGACAGCCGAUCAUUGCAGCGUUAUUGUACUGGCAGGAGGUUCUUGUUUAAAAACGGUUGACUCUGAGCUCAACAGUUCUUCUUCCAAUUCCAUUUUAACUUCGGAAAAAACAAAAUGUGAUACACUUCAACCAAAGACACCUCCGCAGAUGUUGGUGUUUCCUAUUCGAGGUUCUUUGUUUUACAAAAAUACUUUUUCGGAACUGCCGUCUUGGAACUUUUUGUUAAGCCGUUGGAAACUAACACUUGAUAUCUUCGGACGUGUAUUCAUGGAUGAUGUUGGAAUGGAACAUGGGUCUGUAUUGCCAGAACUGAGAGGUUUUCCUGUUAAGGAAAUGCGUUUUCGACGACACAUGGAAAAACUGCGAAAUGGUCAACAGCGUGAUUUAGUGUUCUGCAAACUCGAACGAAACCGAGAAACGUUAAUUGUUCAAACUUUUAAAGAGCUUAAUACCCAAUUUGGCAAUCAAAAUAGGCGAUCUCAGCCUCCUAUUGCAUUCAACAGAGUGAAAGUAACAUUUAAAGAUGAACCCGGUGAGGGAUCUGGUGUAGCCCGCAGCUUUUAUACAUCCAUCGCAGAAGCUUUGCUGGCUAACGCAAAAAUGCCUAGUCUGGAAUCUAUACAAGUGGGGAGCUCGCAUAGCAAAUAUGGAGUGCCGUUUUCGAGUAUACUGAGAAGCAGAACCGUCGCCGGAUCUAGUCGCGACCAGCCCACAUUACAAAGACGUGGCACCAGUAGCAAAAUUCUAUGGCGAACAGCUCGUGACCGAAAGGUUUUAAAUGUAGAUGCCAGACCGUAUACCCCAUCCAACAGUACAGAUAAUUCAAUGGCGGAGAGCGCAAACGAACAUUUAUCUGUUCAUUUGCAACAACUUGGAGAACGUUUAUACCCUAAGAUCAACUCGAUAAACUCAGCACAUGCACCGAAGAUAACAGGAAUGCUCUUGGAGAUACCAACCCCCCAACUUCUAUCUGUCCUUUCCUCAGAUGAAACACUGCGUCAAAAAGUUAAUGAAGCCAUAGAAAUUAUAACUUUUAAGCAAAAGUCGGAAUCAUGUUCUCAAAAUAGUCAACAAAAAAAAUCUGCAUCAGUAGUGCUAGUCGAACCCGCAGAUGACGAUAAUGAACCAUUAUUUUACUCUCCGGGUAAGCGGGGAUUUUAUACACCACGCCAGGGCUUUGCGACCUUUGAGCGCAUUAACGCAUUUAGAAAUAUUGGAAGACUUAUUGGACUUUGUCUGUUGCAAAAUGAAUUGCUUCCACUGUUCCUACAAAGGCACGUGUUAAAGUACAUACUUGGACGUAAAAUCAAGUUCCACGAUUUGGCGUUUUUCGAUCCAGCAUUAUAUGAAUCUUUCAGGCAAAUUAUUCAAAAUGUCCAAACAAAAGAUGGUGAAGAAACUAUCAAUCGAAUGGAAUUAUGUUUUGUAAUUGAUUUAAUGAAAGAGGAAGGUUGUGGCAACACAGAGUUAAUUCCGGGAGGUCGUGAAGUACCGGUUACAUCAAGCAACAUAUUCGAUUAUAUAAGACGUUAUACGGAAUACAGACUGAUUAAAUCGCAGGAAAAGGCACUUGAGGCAUUAAAAGACGGGGUUUUUGACGUUCUGCCUGAAAACAGUAUGAACAGCUUAACCGCAGAGGAUUUACGUUUGCUCUUGAAUGGCGUCGGAGAUAUUAACGUAUCAACAUUGAUUUCAUACACUACCUUUAAUGACGAGUCUAGUGAAGGUCCUGAUAAACUUCUAAAGUUUAAACGAUGGUUUUGGAGCAUUGUUGAAAAAAUGAAUAUAUUGGAACGUCAAGAUUUGGUUUAUUUUUGGACAGGUUCGCCAGCCUUACCUGCUUCGGAAGAGGGAUUUCAACCCUUGCCAUCUGUUACUAUAAGACCUGCGGAUGACUCUCAUCUCCCCACUGCAAAUACUUGUAUAUCUCGACUGUAUAUCCCUUUGUACUCCAGCAAAUCCAUUUUACGCACUAAAAUGCUGAUGGCCAUCAAAUCCAAAAAUUUUGGAUUCGUAUAAGCUAAAGGGCACUUCUUUGUUUAUAAGUUAUUCUUUUUUCCUUGAUUCUAUUUUAGAUUUUGUUUUUGUCUUAUAGCAGCUUUUUGAAAUUAACCAUACCAUUCCCAUUUUUGAUUAUAUAAAAAUUGCAUCAAGUUUGAUAAUUUUUCUCAAAUAGAUAAAUCUUUUCGUAACAUUAUUGAAAGCGAUUGUCAAAAUCAUUACAGACUUGUUUGGAAAAACUAGUUGGUAAAUAUAUGAAAAAUCAAAACUGAAAAAAUUCAAGCAAGAAAAGCAAUUAGGUAUUAGAAAACCUAUGUUUUAAAUUUGGAAUAAAGUAUGUUUUCUUACACAAAUGUA